GGGAGGCGGCGAUGGAAAUUGACAUUGUUCCCUGAGUCAGCACGCACACACACUCUCACUCUCUCACCACUCACUCGUCCAGUAGACUUCCAUAGUCUGUAUUAUAAACAUAUUUCAGAGGAGAGUGCUGGCUUUUCUGAGCAGAGUAGAAAAGCUUCAGGUGUGUUAGGCAGCUGGAGUUUGCCUCAGGUACUAACUGUUUUGAAAAGUGUAGAAGCUGAUAACUCUUUACUUGAAUAGUAUAGAAAAAAUGGCUCAGAGAAAAGCUCAUAAGCUUGAGGAUAAGGAGAGAACAAUCGAUAUUCAUAUAGAGGAAAAUGUGGACUUUAAUGGCAUGUACUUAUCUGACCAUGUACUGCAAGGAUUAAAAUCUUCAGGUUUUGAGCGACCGAGUCCCAUCCAGUUAGCUGCCAUUCCUCUUGGUCGAUGUGGGCUGGACUUAGUAGUGCAAGCAAAGAGUGGUACUGGUAAAACAUGUGUUUUUGCCGUCAUUGCAUUGGAAAUGGUAAAUGUAUCUGCUCCUACAACACAGGUUCUAGUUAUUGCACCGACUCGUGAAAUAGCUGUACAGAUAACUCAAGUAAUAAAUGCAAUUGGUAGUGCUAUGCUGCAACUGAGAGCCUUUACAUUUAUUGGUGGAAUUCAUUUGUCUGAAGACAUAGCAAAACUUAAUUGCUGUCACAUAGCAGUAGGAACGCCAGGUCGCUUAACUCAACUUGUUGAACAAGGCCUUCUUAAAGUGGAUAAUAUUAGAUUGCUUGUGUUGGAUGAAGCAGACCAACUUCUAACUGGUCAAUUUGCAGAAAGUGUAGUCCAUUUGGCUUCUGCCCUGCCUCUGAAUAAACAAGUAAUAGGUCUUAGUGCAACAUACACUGAAGAUGUUGCCAAAGUUGCAGAAGGACUUAUGCGAUCACCAAACCAUGUUCGACUCGGGAGAGAUUCUCCUGCCCUUUUGGGUGUUAACCAAUUUGUAAGAUUACUUCCAUAUCACCAUCAACUACAUCGGAGACAACAGAUAAAAUUAACUGAACUUCAGGCUCUUCUUGCCACUGUAACAUUUAAUCAGUGUCUUGUAUUUUCAAGCUCUCAGCUACGUGCUGAAUCUAUAUGCAAUGCAUUAAGAGCAUCAGGCUGGCCGGUUUCUUAUCUAACUGGUGGUCAGACACAGAGUGACCGUUUAGAGGCGCUGGAAGCACUGUGUUCCUAUAAGUGCCGAGUCCUUGUGUCAACUGAUCUUUCUGCCCGUGGACUUGACUCGGAACAUGUUAAUCUUGUUGUCAAUCUUGACAUGCCUCGCGAUCAGGCUACAUAUCUUCAUCGAGUAGGGCGAGCAGGGCGUUUUGGUUCGCGAGGUGCUGCCAUUACUCUUGCCACAGAGGGAGACGAAUGGCAAGCUAUGAGGGCUAUUGCAUCUUUGGCAAAUGUGAGGAUUUGUCUUCUGCAAGAGGGCUGGAAGUCCAGUAUUGCUAGUAAGGAUGUUAAAAGUAUGGAAGAAAUGGAGUAUUUAUCUGAUGAUGAGCUACAGAUGUGGGUGGAGAAAAAUUCUAGACAAGUAUAUGGCAAAAAAAGGGAUGAUAAAGCUAAGGAAUCUAUGGAUAAGGGAAAUAUAACUAAAGGAAAAGAUUCUAAAUUAAGAGAAAAGAAUAAGAUCAAAGAUGAGGAAUCAUUAGAAGAUUCCGGUAAAGAAAACAAGGAUAAUAAUUCAGUCUUCAAGAGGAAUUCCUGCAAAUCCAAAAACUUUAAAGAACCAAAGGAAUUUGGUAAAAUGUAUAACCAAGACAUUAUGACUAAUAAGGAGAAUACCAAGAAAACUAAAGAUUAUCAGCAUGAGGUAUUUCACCUACAAACUGUACAUAAGAAGAAAACUGCAGCAGAUAAAAAGAAAGAAGAGGCAGCUCAGAUUAAAGAAGAAAUUUACAAAAAAGUAUUAACCUUGUUAGAGGGAAUCAAUUCCAAACCACCUACAGUGAACAUAUCCUAUUCAGACAUACUAUCAGAAUGUUCAGAAAAAUAUGACAGUAUCUCAGCUGCUGAUAACCCAAAAGUACGAGUACCAUCUGUGCCAAACACACUAAAGCCAACUAACGCUGGUAUAAAUGCACUUGAUAAUCACUGGAAAAUUAUUCAAGAAGAGCACGAGCAAAAAGCAAUUUCUGUCGAUGAAAUUUGGGUUGAUAAUGAAACUGAUAUUCAUAAAGGCCUGGAAGCAUUAAUUGAAGGAAAAGAUGCAGUGACAGUCCUAAACCAUUAUGGUAAUGGAGAAACAGAAUGUGGUUUGUCAGAUGAGUUGACACCAAUAUUGGUGGCUGGAGAAUCUUCUGAAAACCUCACUGGUAACAAAGCUGCAACAGUGAAUGGUUCUGUGAUUUCCAAGGAAAGUGAAUGUAAACAGAAUGCAAACAGUGAAAUAAAGAAAUCAUCCGAGUCUUAUUAUUCAACUGAAAUCUCGAGUAGUGAUGCCACUGAUUAUCCUAAGCCUAAAAAUAAAAGGAGAGAGAAAAUACUUUCAAAAGCAUAUAGUCCCAUACAAAAUAUGCAUAUCAGAAAUGAAGAACAGCAACCAGAAAGUUGCAAGUAUCCUGACAAAACAAGGCUUAGUAGAGGACAAAAUCAGACCAAAGUACAAAGGAAAGUAAGACAUAUUAAAAAAUAUGCUUCAUUUGCUAGUGUGGAUGGCAGUCACACACAUGCUCUCAAUGAUGUACAUGGUGGCACAUACAGUAGACAAUGGCAGUAUGGAAAUCAGUCUAUGUAUGACUAUCCUAACCAAACCCAGCAACAAGAAGUUAAUGGUACUAAUACCCAGAAGCAUCAUAGUCAAUCCAAUUUUCAUAAAAUCAACCAUAAUAUGGCACACGAGAUGAAUUUUGGGAAUUAUCAAGAUUUGGAAAGUAAUCAAGUGCCACAACUAAAUGGAGAUUAUUAUUGCCAUAACUAUGCAAAUUAUUGGCAGGACUACUCUUAUAAUGCAUAUCUGAAACAGAAGGCAUACAUAGAAAGUGCCAAUAAGUUUGCUUCCAUGAUGGAUUAUGUUCAGACUAUGGGAAGAAUGAGUGCAUGGAUGGCUCAAGACUUUCACAAACGCAAUAAGGAAAACAGUAGCUAGGAAAUAAUUUUUUAAUGAGUGUAUAAAAUUAUAACAAGAAUAUAUAUUCAAGAAGUUUUUAUUUUAUUAGGUAUUAAAUAUUAUAUACUAAUAAUAUACAACAUAAUGUUUUAAGGAAUAAACACAGUCUGAUGCUAAAGUUUCCAUGUAUUGUACUGUAAUAUAAUUGAAUUAUGUUUUUUUCUGAACUUAAACAAAUAUUUUAAUGCUUGUUUUAGGUGAAGUUGUUCCUAAAAAGACAUUUUUUGUACGUCAUAACAUUGUUUAAAACAUCAGAGAAUAAGGAUGUCUAAGAGAUACAGAAGAAAGUUGCUGUCUUGCACAAAAAUGCCAAAGGCUGAUAGUUCUUCAAGCUCCACUCAAAGUGCAACAUUAAGUCCGUACUUUCUUGAACAAAGCAGUGGGGAAUUUGCCCAUAAUGACAGUGAGUCUGGUCAAGUAAUGAAAGGUAAUAUUGAAGGAAGUGAUGAGGAAUUUGAGGAAGAAAUAAAAGCAAAUAGGAUUAUUGGGUUGAUGAAAGAUGCUCAUAUAAAGAGAGAAUCUAAUAAAUCUUGUAAUGCACAAUCUUCAGAAAAAAGACUUAGUGUUGAUUUAAGAUUGUCAGAAGAUUUCUUUGAUCAAGACAGCAUUGCCCUAGCCAAAGCUCUUCUAGGUGAUGGGUCAUGUGUUCUCAUUAGAGCCCUGGAACCCUUGGAGGGCCUUCCAAAAAUGGAGACCGGUCGAAACCAGAGACGUAAAAGUUCAACACCUCUCAAAAUUCACGAGCUCUGUAAUGGCCCAUCAAAAAUUUGUCAAGCAUUUUAUCUUACCAAGAAUGCAAACCCCACCUGCUGCUUAACACCCAAGUAUAUGAGCAGAGGCAGCAGGUGUAAGAAAACACCCAAUGUUUCCACCCAUGCCCGAGAUAUUAAACCCCAGCCCUUCAGGGUACAAGUUGAGGCUACUACCGAGCCAGAAAUUUAAAACGGCAGUCUUCAAAAAUCUACUUAACCUAAAUAAAAAUUAAUUGCUGUAAUUAUACAGUUCUGGGAUGCUGCAUAAUGUGGUUAUAUCCAAUUCUGAUUAAUACCAAGUAUUUCUCAUAGAGUUAACCUAUGUGUAAUUGUUACCUGGAGUGUACUUGGAGAGGGUUUCAGGGGUCAACGCCCCCACAGCCCGGUCUCUGACCAGGCCUCAUGGUGGAUCAGGGCCUGAUCAAUCAGGCUGUCACUGCUGGCUACAUGCAACUGUUAUAUUUAACUUUUCUUUAUUUUUUUGUUUGAAAGCUCAUGUAAUUCAUUUUCAUGCAUUUAAUUGCCCCUAUUUAAUUUUGUAUCUCUUUUCAUAGUAUUUCAUUUUCACAUGACUGAUUAACUCAGUUUAUGUUCUUUUUACUGUUAAUAAUCAUGCCUGAUUUUUACUGUAUCUAAUGGUUAGGCUAAUAGGUAUUACACAGUUGACUAACACCCAGGUACAUAUUUACUGCUAGGUGAACAGGGACAGCAGGUGUUAGGAAACAUACCCAACGUUUCCACCCAAGCUAGAGAUUGAACCACAGAAAAUUAGUGUGUGAGGCGAGUGAGUUGCUAAUUGAGCCAUGGGGCACAACAAUGGGAAUAGGUAAAGCUACAGUAAUAAUAAUAAAAAUAAUAAUCUUUAUUUCUACAAGUACAUGUACAAGGUGUACAGGCUUAGCUGACAUCAGUAAGUUUAUGCAGGUAUACACAAAUACAGUUACAUAGAUUAUCAUACGUAGCAGCAUGUGUGUAGAGAACCUAGGAUAAUCCAAAAAAAGACAAAGUGACAUUUCCACUGGGGUCCUUGUGAUAAGUAUUAUUUAUAUUUAAAAGUUAAAAACAGGUAAGUACAGUAUCUUAACUAUGUAAAAGCAGUUACAAUAAAAGAUAUACUAGGGGAGAGGUAAAAUUAGUUAAUUUUAUUGACAUUAAAGAUAGGAUCAGGUUAUAGUACAUACAUGUAUGUUAGAUAUAAAAGAAAUCACUCCCCUCCAUUUCUGUAGCCUUAUUCCUAAGGCUACAGAAACUGGCUCAUGCUAUGACAUGGGCAGGCAGUCUAUUCCACUCUUUUAUUGCUGUACAGAAAAAACAAAGUAUAUGAAGCCUGACCACUGACUCUAAGUGCUGAAAAGUUAUUCUCCAUUCCCCUAGUUCUAUAAUUGAUUUGGUUCCCAGCUUUAACAAUAUUGUCAGUAAAAUAUUGGGGACACUGGUUGUGAGCAAUUUUAUAAACGUAAUUUAAUUGCUGCACAUACAUUAACAAAAAA